AUGGAAGACUACAUUCGCGGAGUGCUUUGUGGCUACUUGCAAGUGCAGAAUGGAACACGAGAUAAUGCCAAGCGUAAACGCACUUUCGUCGUGCUCUCGGACUCGCGUAUGGACUACUAUCUCACUGACCCGCGACCAGCAUUCACAGCCAAAAUUGAUGCCACCUACUUCCUCACAGAAGCUACACGUGUACAUCACUACUUGGAGUUGAAUUCUCGAGCUCCUCCACACUCCAUUUGCUUGACGACCGACAAAACCACUGAUGUUUACGUCGCUGAUACGCAAGAAGAAGCCGAUCUGUGGUUUCGUCACCUCUCUGAACGACUGGAAGCGCUCUCGACAAUGUUAAAAGGAGCUCUUAUGCUACGUAAGGAGAUUUCAGCAAACCAACAAGUCAAACGCUUCGUACUGAAAACGAAGUAUCGCUGGAAAGCGCGAUAUGUGGAACUCGGUCGCUCUACUCUGCGCUUCUGCAAACCUUCUGAUCACAAGACAAAAACUAUGAAACAAUUUACACUCACGGCUACUAGUUUUACCGGUCAAGAAAACACUACGUACUUACGUCAGCUCUCCGUGUUAGCGUCGUACUCGAUCCCUGUGGAACCAACGCCACAGACGCUCAAGGGGAUCCAGAAGAUUGAAAAAAUGCGUCGUGAACAAGACGAAAAGAAUCAACUUGACAACAGUGACACGAGCUUGAAAAACAACGAAGUUCGACCGAAAGGGUCCAGUGUUGCUGCUUUUUACCCUUUUAUUGUGACUACGGGUCAAGCGUAUAUCCUGCUAGCAGCUCCUACUGAGCAGAUACGAACGCAUUGGAUCCUGGCCAUUCGACUGCGAAUUAUCGCUCUGAAGUAUCGACACAAUGGUGGGGCAUCUCCUAAGAAACAACCUGGAAUUUUAGCCCCACAAGAGUCCAAUUCGUACCAGCUACAGAGCUUUGUUGAGGCUCAACCAAAGCCCGGUGGACCAUGGAAACAGCACUACGUCGAAUUGGACAAUGGGAUGCUUCGAGUGAAGAAAAGUGAGCGGAAAUUGGGCUCCGUCUUUGAAGUGCAGCUCGUCCCAACGUGUCGUGUGACUCCAUUACUUGAGAAAGCCAACGCCUUCACAGUGCGUAGUCUCGGCUGCGAAGUAGCGUUUGCCCCGGGUAGUGCGCCGGAAGCUCGACGUUGGAUGGAUUUAAUCCGAAAUGCAGCAGCAGCCGUCGAUCGAGCACGUUACCAGAAGAUUUUCCACGACGAUAUUCAGAAAUUGUUGCGGAAUAGUGUUGUGUACUCGCUUGAUGUAGCUUCAGAGGCGAACGCUGGGAUUGUCCUGGAAAAACACAAGAAGCGCAUUUUCGUGCUAAGCCAUGAGCCAUCAGCUCCCCGAUCGCCUAGACGAGUUAGUAUGGCAGCAAUUGUUCGACGAGUGAGUAUGCUGACUGUAGCCACGUCCGGUUCUUCAAAAACUCCGUCUCCAAUGCCAAUAUCCGCUUCAUCUGCGGACUUGAAAGCCACAACGGAGACGAAUAACUCGGCUAUUAUCCCGCAAGGGAGCGCGCUUAUCGGGAUUUCUCAGUUUGGGAUGAUGCACGACUCGGUCGACACCAUUUGGCACGCAAUUCGUCAGAAGAAAGGAUGCUACAAGCAGGCAAAGAGACUGCUGUUCCGGGCUCCUGCUGUGAAAGAAGGCGUUGUUCGGGUGAAGUUCCGUGCUGCUGAUGGCUGGAUGUUGCAUCAAUGUCGUCUUGCCAGUGGAAUGUUCCGUGUAACUCAAAGCACGGGUGAUACUCUGAUGGAAGUUGCGCUGAGAGAUUGUGAAGUGGGGCUCUUCAGUGAUGACGACUGCGUCAAUGGCAUCAAGCUCACUAGUAACGUCUCAACACGCACUCUUGUCUUCAUGAACGUGGCUGUGGACGACGACGCGUUCCUGUGGUUUGCUAUGCUCCACAUGGAGAUCUCCGUAGCCCAAAGCAGCUCGAUAUUCCCCUUAACUGCAAUCUUAACUAACACCCCGUUGACUGCUCCAUCAUUGGGAACCGUGUCUGCAAGAGAGGAUAAGCUGACGGCUGAUCAAGCGAAAAGCUACCGGGACUGCACCGUCGUGGGGACUCGAGUCGAAGAGAUCGAAAAAUAUGCUCGAGAACAGGAGAAAAUUGUGCUUGGACUCGCGGCUGAAGUUCGUAAGAAAGAACAAGACAGCACAGAGCAAGUUCAGCCACAUCCUACUGCGAUUCCAGAGAGCUCAGCAAGUCUCAGUGCUGCUGACAUAAACAGCUUUUUCCAGCACUUGGAUGCUGUUGGGUCGGGGAAAGUCUCGUCAGCUGGGCUUGCCUUCACAAUGAAACUCAUUACCAGACACAUUCAUUCGCAGGAGACGCUUGCUGAGCUGUUGACUGCGUUGGAUGCAUUGAGACUGGAAGGACACGAGAGUAUUACAUCGGAAGAAUUUGCCGCUGUGAUGUCCAAUGUGACUCAUCCUACCAUAGUCGAGUUGGUGCGGAAGCAGUCGCGUAACGAUAUCUAGUGCAUCUAGCGAGAGAAGAGACAUUACAGGGGUCAACGCACUUGAUCUUACACCAUAAGCUCGUCUUCUACGGCUCUAUCCGAGCUUUGACUCUACCAGACUUUGCAGUUCCUUGAGCUCAUCGAACCAAGUGCUCCAGGCAUCUAAAUCUUCCGAUAAAUCCGGCUCCUGUAGGAAAAAGUCACUUUAAUGAGGACCUGUCAAUGACUGAGCGUUAAAGGUAGUUUUACCUCCAGC